GUACAUACGACGUCUUAAUCUUGACUGGAGCGCGUUUCAGUUUCAAGUGGCCAAACACCUCGACAAAAUUUCAAAAACAUUUCAGUUGACAAUCAACGAUUAGGAAGAGACAAAGCUUAAUAACAAACUGGGAAGAGGAAAACAUUCUAAUAACAUUGAAAUAAAUAUUUCUUAAUAAUUUCAUAAAGGUUAAACAAUAAAAAAAUUGAGUAAUCCCUAGUCCAAAAAUGUAUCUACUUAUGCUGUCGUUGCUGCUGCUGCUGCUACUAUCAAAUGUUAUCAACUUGACAUUCGCCACUCCUUCCACCUAUGCCCGCGAUCGCUUCCUUGCAAAUUCAAGAUGUGUUGAUAGUGAAACUGGUCGUGAACUUUAUGUGGGAGAUUCAUUUACCCGAUCGGGCCGGUGCAUCAAUGUGCAAUGUUUGGACACACUUCAGUUGUGGGAGGACAGAUGUCAAGUUCCCCAACUGGAAGGUAACUGUACAAAAAUACCAGUUGCUAAUGAAUUUUUAGAUUAUCCACGCUGCUGCCCCACCUAUGAAUGUACCAGCUAUAAGACUGAUGAUAAUAGCAUUACAUAUGAAACUCGUACCUUUGAUCGUUACGGUCGCUUACUAACGGAACGUAUCAUGCAAAGAGUAAGAGUUUUGGUGCAUCAUCCACAAUCCCAAUAUCCAGGCAACGGUAAUCAGGAUUGGAAAUGUGAUGAAAAUGGUAGAGAUUGUACAAGAACUGUAUAUCCGAUUGGCAAUGCGGCGAGUAGGGAUAAUGUUUUACAAAUCAAAUAUACUUAAUUUAAUUCAA